GCUAGGCUGAAUAUGGCUCUGUCAAGGGGGUUAAGAUGCUGUCAGAGAAUAUUUUCCUGGAUCCCUGUUGUAAUUAUAACGGCUGUGGUGCUAUGGUCUUAUUACGCAUACGUCUUUGAGCUAUGUUUUUUUACUCUGAGCAAUUCGCUGGAAAAAGCGUUCUAUCUGCUAGUGUUCCAUGUGUGCUUCGUGAUGUUCUGCUGGACAUACUGGAAAGCCAUCUUCACCCCACCUGCUCCUCCUUGCAAAAAGUUCCACAUGUCUUACACAGACAAGGAGCGGUAUGAGAUGGAGGAGCGGCCGGAUGCUCAGAGGCAGAUCCUGGUGGACAUUGCCAAGAGGCUGCCCAUAUUCACCCGAGCAAACUCAGGAGCUAUCAGGUUCUGCGACCGGUGCCAGGUUCUAAAGCCAGACCGCUGUCACCACUGUUCGGUUUGUGAAACGUGUGUCCUGAAAAUGGAUCACCACUGUCCAUGGGUAAACAACUGUGUUGGCUUCUCCAACUACAAGUUCUUCGUCCUGUUUUUAUGGUACUCCAUCGUCUACUGUGUCUUCAUAGCGUCAACAGUGUUCCAGUAUUUUCUCAAAUUCUGGACGGGCGAGCUUCCAAAUGGUCCUGCCAAGUUCCAUGUGCUGUUUCUCUUAUUUGUGGCGGUCAUGUUUUUUGUCAGCCUGAUGUUCCUCUUUGGCUACCACUGCUGGCUGGUGGCGAGGAACCGCUCCACUUUAGAGGCCUUCUCCGCUCCUGUCUUCCAGGGUGGCCCAGACAAGAACGGCUUCAACGUGGGCCUUCGCCGUAAUCUGCAGCAGGUUUUUGGCGAAGACCGCAGGCUUUGGUUCAUUCCCGUCUUCACAAGUCAGGGCGAUGGCCACUACUUCCCAAUGCGGAGUCUGAACUACUCCGAAUCCCACAAUCCUUUGCUGGCCCACGAGGAGAAGUGGGACGAUGAGGAGGACAGCGAGGAUGAGGACGAGGAGGAGGAGAGGGAGCACCAGUGGCCGGGGGAGCGAGGAGGAAGAGGAGGAGGAAGAUCGGAUGAUGAGGGCACAGAUGGUCCAGAUGACCCCUCGGUUACCAUAGAGAUUGAUUCGUAGUUGCCUCAGAAGCGGAGCUGAAACCUACUGUAUAAUACAGCAGCUCUACUCUUCGGGUUGGCAUCCUUAGCUUGUCAAGAGAUGGAAAAACACAGAAGCAAGCACAGGCUUUACUACGCAGGCUUUCCAUGCCAGACCCUGCGUUGCUCCCGGACAAGACCCGAAGUACUCUCUCUCUCUCUCCGGAGCCACACAAAACUAGCAAAGGACUGUUCCAGUUUUGUUCCGUUUUGCUUUGUUUUUGGUUUUGUUUCCUUUUUUUUAAUUUCUUUCCUGCCUCUGUGACUGCCGUCAUAACUUAAAGACUUAUAACUCAAGACUAGUCAUCUGCUUGAUUUGACGUUCCACGUCAACCGCAACAGAACGGUUCUUUGUUACUGCUCGAUGGUAGACUUCUAUCCGAAGGAACACAUGGAGGACAAUCAGGCAUGUGCGUCGUAAUUUUUGGUCAUCCUCAAGGUACUCAUCUUCACUCGUCUGCAGCUUUUUUUCAUCUCUUAUUGCAUGGUGGAGUAUUUUUCUUUUAAUUGUACUCAUUCAAGGAAAUGGUGGUGGUGGUGGUAGUGGUGGUGGUGAGUGGGUGGAUACAGCAUGUUGCAAAAUGCGUCAACAACGCAAUGACGCACAAUUUGUUGUUGGAGGUCAGUUGCCUUUGUGCAGAGAGGCCUUUAGCCAGAUAGUGUAUGUUGGCGCACCAGGAUGCAGAUGGAGAGAGAGGCAUUUUUAUUUAACUCGUCGCUCUUCCAGUUCGUUCUGUUGUAUUCAGGCAGUUGGCAGCUGGCCAAAGCAGGGUACUGUUUGCACAGUGGGAAA